AUGACUGCUGAUGCCUUGGCAGACCUGCUCUCCACUGGACAGGCAAAUGUUCCGAACUACAUUUGUGGAAGAGAGAAGAGGCUGCUGGCUGUGAUUGAAGGGGCCGAGUCUGACAUUUCCAUGCAGAUAUCCACCAUGACGAGCCUCUACAAAAUGCCACAGGUCAGCUAUGGAUUUGUGUCUGAAACUCUCAAUGAUAAAAUUCGGUUCCCAUUCAUCUACCGAAUGGUCCCCAAAGAAGAUUACUUGUAUUGGGGAAUUGCCAAAUUGCUCCAACAUUUUCGGUGGAAUUGGGUCGGAAGGAUGAGAUGCCAGGAGAACGAGGACCUGGAGACCAUGCGGGAAGAGGUGGUGGAAAAAACUCUUUCUCUGGAUGGCUACGGUAUUUACAAUCUCGCCUGGGCAGUUACUCGGGCUUCACAUGCUGCUUACUUAUCCAGGUCCAAGCAGAAAGCAAUGAAGGAAAGAGAUCACCGGCUGGUCCUUCAGAUGUGGCAGCUUCAUCAUUUCCUGGGAGAUUUCCACUUCUACAAUGUUUGCAUGGAUGGAGUCUUUCUGGAUGAGAAAGGGGACCUUUCUGCCAAAUUUGAUACUGUGAACUGGGUGCCCUUUCCUAAUAAGUCCUUUGGGGCAUUGAAGUUUGGGAGGAUAGAUAGACCACAGGGGUCCAAAGAUCUGGAAUUCAUCCUUGACCAGGAGGCCAUAAACUGGUCCCAGAGGUUCAACCAGAUCAACCAGAAUCCCCAGGUUUUGCCGAAUGUCACCCUGGGUUAUGACAUUUAUGAGAACUAUUAUGAAGCGAGAAUGACUGCUGAUGCCUUGGCAGACCUGCUCUCCACUGGACAGGCAAAUGUUCCGAACUACAUUUGUGGAAGAGAGAAGAGGCUGCUGGCUGUGAUUGAAGGGGCUGAGUCCGAUAUUUCUGUGCAAAUUUCCACCAUGACGAGCCUCUACAAAAUGCCACAGGUCCAAGCAGAAAGCAAUGAAGGAAAGAGAUCACCGGCUGGUCCUUCAGAUGUGGCAGGUAUUUGGUUUCCUUCAAAAAUCCUGAAGCUUCAUCAUUUCCUGGGAGAUUUCCACUUCUACAAUGUUUGCAUGGAUGGAGUUUCUCUGGAUGAGAAAGGGGACCUUUCUGCCAAAUUUGAUACUGUGAACUGGGUGCCCUUUCCUAAUAAGUCCUUUGGGGCAUUGAAGUUUGGGAGGAUAGAUAGACCACAGGGGUCCAAAGAUCUGGAAUUCAUCCUUGACCAGGAGGCCAUAAACUGGUCCCAGAGGUUCAACCAGUCUCUGCCUCACUCCAGAUGUACCGAAAGCUGUCAUCCUGGCCAAGCCAAGGUGGUCCUGGAAGGAAAGCCUCUUUGCUGCUACGGGUGUAUCAUGUGUGCAAAACACACCAUCUCCACUCAGGAAGAUGCAGAGAUGUGCACAAGAUGUCCAGAAGAUCAACAUCCAAAUAAAGGCCAAACCAAAUGCAUCCCCAAGAAAGUAACCUUCUUGUCUUACAAAGAAGACUUGGGGAUAAUCCUCGUUUCAUUUAGCCUCUUCUUAUGUUUGGUCACUGCCUUUAUCUUAGCAAUCUUCAUCAAAUUCUUAGAAACUCCCAUGGUCAAGGCCAACAACCGGGACCUCUCCUAUAUCCUCCUGGUCUCUCUUCUGUUGUCCUUCUUGACUUCCCUCCUCUUCAUUGGUCGUCCAAGGGCAGCCACCUGCUUUCUCAGGCAAACAUCCUUCAGCAUCAUCUUCUCUAUUGCAGUGUCUUCCAUCUUAGCCAAAACGAUUACAGUGGUGCUGGCUUUCCUGGCCACAAGACCUGGGAAUGCUGUGAGGAGAUGGCUGGGAAAGACUUUGGCCAACUCCAUUGUUCUUUCUUGCUCUGGUCUCCAAAUUGUCAUCUGUACCAUCUGGCUGGGAGUUUCUCCCCCAUUCCCUGAGUCUGACAUGCACUCCCAGCCAGAAGAGAUUGUUCUGAAGUGCAAUGAAGGCUCUGUCACCAUGUUUUAUGGUGCUCUCUCAUACAUGGGCUUCUUGGCUGCCAUCUGCUUCACGGUGGCUUUCCUGGCCAGGAACUUGCCUGGGGCUUUCAAUGAAGCCAAGCUCAUCACUUUCAGCAUGCUGAUCUUCUGCAGUGUCUGGGUCUCCUUUGUGCCCACCUAUGUGACGGACACCAUGGCUUUGCGGCCGCGGUCUGGAUUGGCUUUUCUGCGGCCUGCCGCGGAAACCUGGGUGGGGCCCUUGCCCAAGGCCGUCGUGUCAUUCGAAGAAGUGGCUGUGUAUUUCACAGAGGAGGAAUGGGCCCUGCUAGAUCAGGGCCAAAGGACCUUCUACAGGGAAGUCAUGCUGGAGAUGUACGGGAUGGUGGCCUCAUUCAGUGAGUCUCCUUGA